AAAAGCUUUACUCCGAGCUAAAGCUUUUGAAGAAGAUUGGGCAAAAGAAGAGAAUGUCUCAUUGAAUCAGUACAACGCAGAGGAUCCACAAACAUUCAAUCAGAGAGCAAUCCAAUUCGCUAGGCUCAUGUCUUACGAUUCAUUGGGAAAAUUGUAUUACUUGCAUGCUGUGGUCACAGAAACACUUCGAUUGUACCCUGCUGUCCCUCAG